AUGAAACUAUAUGUGUUUUUCUUUUCAGAUUGGCUAACAGUGACGUGGGCACAAGGCGGCAUGCAAUUACAGCCAGAAGGCGGUGCGGGCGAAGAAAUAGAUCCAGUAAAAGCACGUUGCGGAAGGGCGGGCAGCCUAGCAGCGACUCCCGGUGAGAAGCUUCUAGAACUUCUCAGGCCCAGCACGGGGACCCCUCGACGUCACUCCACAGCGGCUUGCGCUCCUCAACCACCACGACCAUCUGGAUUCGUGUACUGUCCAUCAGACGCUCUGCCGUACUGUCCACCAUCCAGGCUAGCUCCUCCGAGGCCCAUACUGAAGCUCCAGCCUCCACCACAGAUUCAACAACCCCCGGUGCAGCCUCAACCACCACCUGUACCCCAACGAACUGCCCCUGUCACGCCAGUGCCCUUACCUGUUCCUCCACCAGCUCCGCCCCGGCGUUCCUCUCCUCAACCGCCCCGGCGGGUCCCCCCUCCCACACCGCCUCGCCCCUCAACAAGCCCGGCUACAGACCCCAACGGGAAUCGUCGUAUUGUCACAGUUCAACCGCAACCUCGGCUGGACUGCAACAGAAAUCCUCAGCCACCAGUUCCAAGAAGACCACCCCAAAAAAUGCCAGAUACUCCAUACACUCCUGCUCCGCUGCCGCAAAACAAUCAGAUAAUAAAACGAUCGCCAAGUUCAGGGUCGAACAUUAGUAUCCGUCAAGACUCUAAUGUGUCUUCAGAUUCGUUCAGUCAGACGUCCUCUCCAUCGUAUACCACAAAAACAAUGGAAGCUCCAUUGCUGCCACAUCAGCAUGUGAACAAGAGUCUGAACGCGAAGAUAGCAAGGGGUCUGCUGCUGAAAGAACAGCAGGAGAAGGAAUCAGGGAACUCGUCCAUAACGAAGAGCAUGUCCACACCGGCAUCGUUGCAGACAAUCGUCAGGUUCCAGAAUGGAAGCAACAUGUCCCUACAUCAUCGGAUGCUACGAGAUAUGAGAGGUGCGGGCAGCGAGGGCUCUCCACACAAGUUUCGAGUACUGCAGGUAGCGUUGAAUGCGGUCGCACUUCUCGCCAUUACUGGUGCACUGUUCGCCUAUUUCCGAGCCAACCCAGCUGUACAGCGUCUGCCAGUUAUAGUCAACUUCUGCCAGCAGCACAGAAUAUCGUACAAUUUCACCGUGUUCCCAAACUACAUCGGCCAUUUUGGACAGAGGGACGCUCAACAAGAUCUCGAGAUAUACGACGCAGUGGUAGAUGUAAGGUGCUACGAACUGACAGCGUUAUUCCUAUGUUCCUUAUUCGUGCCAAAAUGUGGCCCUUUAGGACACAUGGUGCGACCGUGUAGGAGUUUAUGUCAAGAAACUAUGCGGCGUUGCGGCUUCUUUCUGGAAGUGUUCGGGCUCUCGAUGCCGGAUUAUCUCCAGUGCGACAUGUUCCCAGAGUCCACGGACACGGACGUCUGCCUCGGCAACAGGGAGGUCAAGGAAGCACGGUUCAGAGCUGCCAAACCAGUGUGCCCAACUGGGUUUCAAUGCGAUGUUAAACGCUGCAUACCCCACGAUUGGCGGUGCGAUGGACACGUGGACUGUGCUGAUCGGUCCGACGAGCUCAACUGCCGCGUGUGCAAGCGCUCCGGAGAUGUUCACUGCGGCAACCAGCGCUGCAUCUCGCAGUCUCACAUGUGCGAUGGGAAGCUGGACUGCCCUUGGGGACAGGACGAGAGGAAUUGCUUGAGACUGAGCGAGAUGAAUGGAGAUGUGGGAAGCGGUGAGCUGCAGGUGUACCGCGCCGCCAACCAGUCCUGGUUCUCCGCGUGCCUCACCACCCUGGACGAGAGCACUGCCACCAAGCUCUGCUCCAUGCUUGGAUACUCGUGGGUGAAUAGAAGCACGCCAGUGAGUGUCCCUGGCCACGUGGGGUCUAGGGCUGGCCGUAUGCAUAUGCACAGCGUCGCACAAACAUUCCGCGCGUUUCAACUCAACGAGGGCGGUUUGCUGAAAGAACUGAAGGAAUGUCGACAGGAUACCACGAAAGUUCACCUCGUCUGUCAAAAUUAUGAAUGUGGCAAGCGACGUAUUCUGGCCGGGGCUACGAAACGCAUAGUGGGCGGUGUGGAGGCGUCUCCAGGAGACUGGCCCUUCUUGGCGGCGAUCCUUGGCGGACCAGAGGAGGUGUUCUACUGCGCUGGAGUGCUGGUCGCUGACCAGUGGGUGCUGACUGCCUCGCACUGUGUCGGCAAUCAUUCGGACGUAAACGGCUGGACCAUCCAACUGGGUAUCACCAGGAGACGCUCUCAUGCAUACUACGGACAGAAGGUGAAGGUACGACGCGUGGUUCCACAUCCUCAAUACAACGUUGGCGUCGCUCAUGACAAUGACAUCGCACUAUUCCAGCUUGCUGUACGGGUACGUUACCACGAGCAGUUGUCUCCAGUGUGCCUGCCACCAGAAAACAGGGCGCUACCAGCCGGUACACUGUGCACUGUCAUCGGAUGGGGCAAACGGGAUGACAAAGACAUGUCUGAAUAUGAGCCUGCAGUGAAUGAGGUGGAGGUACCGCUUCUGAACCGUGACAUCUGCAACCAGUGGCUUGAACAUCGAGACCUCAAUGUUACGGAGGGCAUGAUUUGUGCUGGCUACCCGGAAGGCGGCAAGGACGCUUGUCAGGGCGAUUCAGGUGGACCACUACUCUGCAAGGACCCGGACGACCCAUCCCGCUGGUACGUUGGCGGGAUCGUCUCCUGGGGGAUCAAAUGCGCGCAUCCUCGCCUUCCCGGCGUCUACGCGUACGUCCCCAAAUAUAUACCCUGGAUCCAGCGACAGAUCGCCCUCUACAACGAUGAUAAAGCAAAGUCCGAGGACAUCUGA